GUUUCAGCAUCGAUGGAGGACACUUCGAACACAGUUCGAAUACUGGUAGCUACGGAUUGCCACCUAGGGUACAUGGAGAAGGACGAAGUACGACGCCAUGACUCUUUCCAAGCAUUCGAAGAAAUUUGCUCCAUAGCUGAGCACAAACAGGUUGAUUUUCUUCUACUCGGAGGUGACCUUUUCCACGAGAACAAGCCUUCCAGGUACACCUUAGUCGAAGCCAUCAAGAUUCUCCGUCGACAUUGCCUCAACGAUGGACCUGUUUCCUUCCAAGUUGUCAGCGACCAAACCGUAAAUUUCCAGAAUGAAUUUGGUCAUGUAAAUUAUGAAGAUCCUCACUUCAAUGUUGGUUUGCCUGUCUUCACCAUUCACGGAAACCAUGAUGAUCCAGCUGGCGUGGACAACCUUUCUGCAGUUGAUAUUCUCUCGGUAUGCAAUCUAGUCAACUACUUUGGGAAAACAGUUCUUGGGGGUUCUGGUGUUGGUCAGAUCGCUAUCCACCCUAUUCUUAUCAAAAAGGGUUCAACAGCUGUAGCUCUGUAUGGUCUGGGGAACAUUAGAGAUGAAAGGCUUAAUAGGAUGUUUCAAACACCACAUGCUGUGCAAUGGAUGCGACCUGAAUCUCAGGAAGGGUGUCAAGUGUCUGAUUGGUUCAACAUUCUGGUACUUCAUCAGAACAGAGUGAAAACAAAUCCAAAAAAUGCAAUAAAUGAGCACUUCUUGCCACGCUUCCUAGACUUCGUUGUGUGGGGGCAUGAGCAUGAGUGUUUGGUUGACCCACAGGAAGUUCCAGGGAUGGGGUUUCACAUUACGCAACCAGGGUCAUCAGUUGCAACAUCACUUAUUGAUGGUGAAUCAAAGCCAAAGCAUGUACUUCUUCUAGAAAUUAAGGGAAAUCAGUAUCGUCCAACUAAGAUACCUUUGAUGUCUGUGCGGCCUUUUGAGUAUACAGAGAUAAUACUAAAAGAUGAGCCUGAUAUUGAUUACAAUAAUCAAGAUUCUAUUCUUGAACACCUGGACAAAGUGGUGGGGAAGCUGCUAGAAAAAUGUAGUAAGAAGGCUGUCAGUAGAGCAGAACUUAAGCUUCCACUAAUACGUAUCAAGGUAGAUUACUCUGGAUUUACGACUAUAAAUCCUCAAAGAUUUGGGCAGAAAUAUGUAGGGAAGGUUGCAAACCCCCAAGACAUUCUUAUAUUCUCAAAGGCUGCAAAAAGGGCCAAGGUUGAAGGUACAAUUGAUGAUUCAGAACGACUUCGUCCAGAAGAAUUGAAUCAACAAAACAUAGAGGCUUUGGUUGCUGAAAAUAAUCUGAAAAUGGAGAUACUUCCAGUCAAUGAUUUGGAUAUUGCAUUGCACAAUUUUGUGAACAAGGAUGAUAAAAUGGCAUUUUACUCUUGUGUACAAUACAAUAUUGAUGAAACACGAAAUAAAAUUUCUAAGGAUUCAGAUAAUCUGAAAUUUGAUGAGGAAGAUUUAAUUGUUAAAUUUGGAGAGUGCUUGGAGGAACGUGUCAAGGAACGAUCAGUACGCAGCAAGGAACCCACACAGGUCCCGGCUGGUGCUCUGUCAAAGGAUUUCCAAGGCAGAAGUGCUGCUGGAACUGGAAGUGCAGUUUCCUUUAGUGAUGAUGAAGAUCCCAUGCCAAUAUCUGCCUCAAAGCCAAGCGCUAGAGGUCGGAAAGGGUCCUCUGCUGCAUCUCAAACUCCAAGCAGAGGAAGGGGCAGGGGCAGGGGCAGAGGUAGAGGCAGGGGUUCCAGCACCUUGAAGCAGACAACUCUUGAUGGAGCUUUAGGGUUUCGCCAUUCUCAGAGGCAUGCAUCAAUUGCUGCAGCUAGUGCCAUCCAAAGUGAUGCUGAUGAUGGGGAUAAUUUAGGCUCUGCUUCAAGUGACGAUGCCAAAAAAAAUGCAGUUGAAGAGAUUGAUGACAGUUCGGAAAAUGAGUCCAAGCUACCAGGACGGAAAAGGGCUGCUUCAAAGGGUAGAGGUAGAGUAUCUAUGCAGUCUUCUAAAAGGGGAAGGAAAUCAGAUAACUCUUCGAUCCAUAGAAUGCUCAUUAACAAUGAUGAUGAAGAUGACGACGACGACGACGACGACGAUGAUAAUGUUAUAAAGAGAUUAAAUAAGUCUCAACCUCGGGUGACCAAAAGCUAUGGAGCUCUUAGAAGGUGAAUAUUCGGUUAUAUGAUGUUUUCCACCACAGGCCUUGAUGACAAGAUCACAACUUAACAGGAUGAAUCAUCAGCUGCAUUACCUUGUACAAAAUAUAUUGGACGAGUCUGUCAAUUCGUUUAGUCUUGCCCUGGAUUCAAAGAUAAACUGGUGCAGUAUAUUGCAGUAAGUAAUGGUAGACAUGAGCUCUGGU